CACAACUAUAAAAAUAGUUCGUGCGAUUCGAUAUGUAUUCAGUUCUGGUUGGAUACACUUCGAGAUCAGUCGAAUUCUUGUUUCUAAAAUCGACAUAUCAAAAAGAAAAAUGAAAACUAUCGUGCUUAUUUUUGCCUUUUGCGUUUGCGUUGGUGCUCUGACAAUUGAAGAAUUAAAAACUAAGCUACAUACUGAGCAAUCAGCUUGCAAAACAGAAACUGGCAUUGAUCAACAGAAAGCAAAUGACGUUAAUCAAGGCAAUGUCGAUGUAGAAGAUAAAAAAGUUCAAUUAUACAGUGAAUGUAUAUUAAAAAAAUUCAACAUUCUUGAUACAAACGGUGUCUUUAAACCGCAAGGAAUCGUAACAGUCAUGGAAAUACUUAUAGAUGAGAAUGCUGUUAAACAAUUAGUGUCCGAAUGUUCAGCCAUCUCCGAAGAUAAUAUACAUUUGAAAGCAAGUAAGUUGAUACAGUGUUUUUCGAAAUAUAAAACGAUGAAAUCAGUAGACACUAUUUAAACGUCCAACUAUCAA